CCAUUCAUCGUUGCAGUUGGGCGUUGGACUCCGCAUCUUAUUAGUAACCAGGGAAAUUUCUCCAUUUUCUGUGCUUUUUUACAGUGUCAGAGCACAAAUCUGAUUUAUUUUUGUAAAACUUAACCAGUUCAGGUUGUUUUUUAUAACACCGGUCUUUGUCUUAAUAUUGGAAUUGCUCACCGCGUGUAUUUUUAAUUCAGCUCUUUAUAGUGAGGAGUCGGUGGCUUGCUGCUCUUUGUUCUGUAUUGGGAUCUGUUGAGCUCUUUGUUGGAGGGAAAGCAUGGGAGCGCAAUUCACAAAAACAGCUGGAAAAGAAGAAACAGCAGCUGAAAACCCAGGAGAGGCUGCAGUUUCACCCUCCAAAGCCAACGGACAGGAAAAUGGCCACCUAAGAGUGAACGGCGAUGCAUCUCCAGCAGCUGCUGAGCAGAAAGAAGAGGUCCGGACCAACGGCACCGCACCAGCAGAGGAUGGAGAGAAGAACGAGGAAGCUCCUGCUGAAAAGGAGGCCACAGAUGCAAACACAGAAGCGAUUGCACCGACUGAAGAGGAGGCUGUAAUGGAUGGAGCAACUCCCUCGACAAGCAACGAGACCCCUAAGAAGAAGAAGAAGCGCUUUUCUUUUAAGAAAUCUUUCAAACUGAGUGGCUUCUCUUUUAAGAAAACCAAGAAGGAGACAGGGGAUAACGGCGAGGAGGCAGUAGCGGCAGGCAACGAUGAAGCCAAGACGGAUGGAGCUGUUGAAGGUGUGUCAGAAGAGAAGGCCCAAACCACAGAGGAGGCGGCCAAAACAGAGCAGAAUCCAGUAGAGGAGACCAAGCCUACCAGUCCUGCAACUGAGGAGUCAAAAACUGAGCCAGCAGUGGCGACAGAGCCCAGUCCUUCUCAGAAUGAAGCAGCUGCGGCAGAAGAAUCGGCUCCCUCUGCACAGGAAGCAGAAUGCAGUCCAGAGGCCCAAGCAGAAGCUGCCACAGAGUAGUUGAAAGAAUGGGAAAUCAAAGAAGUGUUCCCUGUUGUACAGUGGAGCGGUGCCAGGGUGUGAAAUAUUGGAGAACUUGUCUCUAACAAGGAUUAUUUUAAACGUUUUUUUUGUUUAGCAAUCUCUAAAAAUCUCACUUUGCUCAUGUGGUGUUUUUAUAGAGCUGUGAAAUUAGUGGGGAAGUGCAGAAAAGGCUGCAUUUAUCUGCACUAUAUUUUUUUACUUUUUGAAACAGUAUUAACUGGAUUUGUUUUUAUUUUUUGCAUUUUUAUACAAACAAAGCAGUGCAAAAUGUAUGGACAUGGCUGUGGAUUAAAGGCAGUUGGUUGAGUGGCCAAAAUUUUUUUUUUUAAUCUUUUAAACCACACGGCAUAAAAUCUCAGAGUAAAGGUUACUCAGUUCACCGUGUAUUUGGUCCCUCUAUAGACCUUUUUCUUGGAACGCAAAA